AUGGCCGUCCCACAGCUCACUGGAAGACCGCUGCAGGCUCUGGUGUACGCAACCGCCGGGGCAGCCUUUCUCCUCUUCGGAUAUGACCAGGGCGUCAUGGGUGGGCUAGUCAGCCUGGAAUCUUUCAUCCAGCGUUUCAACUCUCCGUCUCCAGGCCUCCUCGGCUUUAUGGUUGCAUCUUACGAUGUUGGCUGUCUCUUGGGCGCCGUCUUUGCCUUUCUUCGUGGUGACAAACUUGGGAGACGGUGGAGCAUCAUCUACUCAUGCAUCAUCGUUCUCAUUGGUGCCACACUACAGACGGCUGCAUACUCUAGAGCUCAAUACAUAGUCGGUAGAAUUGUAGCCGGAGUCGGUGUUGGAUGUAUCUCAGUGACGGUCCCCAUCUACGCCUCAGAGUGUGCUAGCGCCUCAUCGAGAGGCAAGCUCGUCGUGGUUGAGACAACGAUUGUUAUCAUUGGCAUCACAAUCUCCAACUUUACCAACUUUGGCUUCGUCUUUGGUAGGCCCGAGUUGAAUGGCAAGGAGGCUCAAUGGCGCAUUCCCCUCGGCCUCCAGAUGAUAUUCCCUCCCUUCGUCUUCCUUCUCAUGCCGUUCGUCGUUGAGAGUCCCCGCUGGCUUGCUGCCGUAGGCAGGUCGGACGAGGUAGCAGAUGUUCUGGCCAAGCUUCGUGGGGGCGGAGCAACUGCCGAUAGCCCCCAGAUCCAGCAGCAAGCCCGGCGAAUCAUCGAGACAGCAGCUCAUGAGGCAGAGCUUGAAUCUUCUUGGAAAGAAUCCUUUGCCGGCGGUGAACUCCAGAACCUUCGUCGACUCAUCCUCGCCGGCUCUACAGGCUUCCUACACCAGGCUACAGGUAUCAAUGUCGUCAUAUAUUAUGCUCCCGUGAUCUUUCGCCAGGUGGGGCUCGACGACAAGAUGUCUUACAUCAUGAGCUGCGUGGGUUCCAUCUGUUUCCUUGUCGGCUCUAUCCUCCCGGUGCUGUACAUCGAGAGAAUCGGCCGACGAAAGACCAUGAUGCUCGGGGCCUGGACCUGUGGUAUCUGUAUGGGCAUGAUCGCCUGCACUGGUGCUAUUGGGCGAUACUACCCCGCAAGAGCUUUUGCCACGGGUUGGGCUGGGUCAGCAUUCGUACUGCUUUUUCAGUUCUCCUUCGGGAUAGGCUGGAACUCGAUGAACUGGCUCUACGCGAGCGAGAUCGGAUCUCUCAGGAUGCGCAACAAGACGGCUGCAGUGCAAUGCUUCUGCCAUUGGGGGACUAACUUUCUGACCGUCAUGGUGGCUCCCACGGGAUUUGCCUCUCUCGGCUGGAGGUUCUAUCUGGUUUGGAUGAGUGUGACACUGGCAGCCAUUCCUUACUUAUACUUUUGCUUUCCAGAGACGGCUGGUCGUAGCCUCGAGCAGAUGGACGAUUUCUUCAAGACCUAUCCUCAGUGGAACAUUGGAAAGGUAGCCAAUGUUUGGGUUGACCUUGGCGGUGCGGGCGGACAGGACAGUUGCAAGGAGGAGGCUGGAGCAGUUCAUCAUCAAGAGGACUGA